CAUCAUAAUGGGAGAUAAGGGAUGAUUUUUUGCUCCCUCUAGUCUUGUAUCUCAUUAAAUCAAAAGUCUAAAGCCUUUCAAAUUUUUUCUUAAAAAAAAAUAAAGGAAACUUCCUGUUAAUAAAUUCACAUUUGCCACCUUCUCAUCUCCAAGAGAAUGAUCUUUUGCUUCUCCAGUUAUGACUGACCAUACAUAUACAUCAGUGAGUUUCAAAACUUUCUUUUUCUGUUCCAGUUGCGCGGAGUCACUUAUCAUGGCAUAUUAAUUUGUCUACUUUCUCAGAUAUUUUCAUUCUUCCCAAACUUUAUUCAUACAGGCAUUCUUCCCAAUCUUUAUUCACAAAAGCAUUUUUCUAUUUUCCAUUAUUUUUCUGUCAUUCUUUCUAAAUUUGCACCAUGCUUUCUAAAGCAGUGUUCAGUACCACACACAAUUUCAAAAUAAGCAGCAGAAUUUACAUCAUGGCAUUAUCACUUUUAUGUUAGUUGUGGGUUUGUUAAAUUUGUCUAUGCUGCACAUUGAGUUGUCUAGUCGUCAGGUCCCUUUUCUGUGCAAGGAUCACUGAACUAAUCCAUGUUAUCUCGAUAGUUUACAGGGGUUUCCAUUGCGUAUUACUUAUGUGUUAACAUCAGAUUUCAUAUGAAACAUGCCGCCUCUGACACUUCUCUCAAGACUAUCUUACUCUGACUGAAACCACCAGAAGGUUCAGAAAGCAGCUCAAGUUUUCGUACAUGUUUAAGUGUAACUGAAGCUAGAAUGUGUGGAAAGAUAGCGUAAGCUUAACCCAAACCUCUAAGCUGAAGCUCUUUUUAAGAGCAAUGUCGAAACAAGUUUGUGUUCUGGUGUUGCCUUGGACUGAUUUUCGUAUAAAUGCUGUCUCCCCAGCCUUUUAUGCACCAACAGGUGACAAUGCUGCCUGUUCUCUUUGACUUUUAAAUGUGGCUUUUUUAAGUACCAAGUACACUUACCACAGCGAGGAAACGCGCUAUCUAUUUAGCUGUACUUUCCUCACCUCCCUCAUCUGUACCCACGAAGUCCCCACCCCACACUGCCACAACGACUUCGUUGUUGCUACUGUUGUGGUUUUCCAGCCUCCUAAGCGCGAUGCACCGCGAUAGGGGCGCUUGAAUCGUUCUCUGUAAAGACCUAGAGGGGGAAGGGACCGCCGGGCGUCACGACGGGUCCACCGAGAGGCGGCAGAGGCCGCCCCGCACCCCACUCGCCCCCCAGCCCUGAGAGCGGCCGUUCGCCCCCUGCAACGUCCACUCGCCUGCGCCCCGUUGCCCACGCAUCCUUUGUGCGCAUGCGCCGUCUCUACGGGAAUUACUGGCGAGUGACGGCGUUGCACAUGCGCGUCGGGCGGACGGCUCCCGUCCUGCCGGCGCCAUUUAGGACGGAGCCGGCGCAGGCGCUCGUAGGCGGUGUUUGCGCUGCGCGUGCGCACGGGGUGAAGUGAGGCGAGGGGCCGGGGCUGGGGUGGGCUGGUGUCGCCGGGGUGGGACGCCAGGGACCCGGUGUGGGCCUCCGGCUGCCUGGGGAAGGCUUCCAGGGGACCGGGCAGGCCUGCGGCCGCCCGCGGUGUGCCUCCAGCCGCCCGUAAGUCCGCGGGUCCCGGCGCCGGGCCGUCUGUCCGCCGCGGCUGAAGGGAAGCCUAGUGUCGCGUUGGCGCCGUCAGGAUGAAGCUGGUGAGGAAGGACCUGGAGAAGGACAACGCAGGGCAGGUGACGCUGAUCCCCGAGGAGCCCGAGGACAUGUGGCACACCUACAACCUGCUGCAGGUGGGGGACAGCCUGCGGGCCUCUACCAUCCGCAAGGUGCAGACCGAGUCGGCCACGGGCAGCGUGGGCAGCAAUCGGAUCCGCACCACCCUCACCCUCUGCGUAGAGGCUAUCGACUUUGACUCUCAGGCCUGCCAGCUGCGGGUCAAGGGCACCAAUAUCCAGGAAAACGAGUAUGUCAAGAUGGGGGCCUACCACACCAUCGAGCUGGAGCCCAACCGGCAGUUCACGCUGGCAAAGAAGCAGUGGGACAGUGUGGUGCUGGAGCGCAUUGAGCAGGCCUGCGACCCUGCCUGGAGUGUGGACGUGGCAGCCGUCGUCAUGCAGGAGGGACUGGCGCACAUCUGCCUUGUUACCCCCAGCAUGACCCUCACCCGUGCAAAGGUGGAGGUGAACAUCCCCCGCAAGCGGAAAGGGAACUGCAGUCAGCACGACCGGGCCCUGGAGAGGUUUUACGAACAGGUGGUGCAGGCCAUCCAGCGACACAUCAACUUCGAGGUGGUGAAGUGCGUACUGGUGGCCAGCCCAGGCUUUGUGCGGGAGCAGUUUUGUGACUAUAUGUUCCAGCAGGCGGUCAAGACUGACAACAAGCUUCUGCUGGAGAACAGGUCCAAGUUCCUACAGGUGCACUCAUCGUCAGGACAUAAGUACGCACUGAAGGAGGCCCUUUGUGACCCAGCUGUAACUAGCCGUCUCUCUGACACUAAGGCAGCAGGUGAAGUCAAAGCGUUAGAUGACUUCUAUAAAAUGCUGCAGCAUGAGCCUGACAGGGCUUUUUACGGUUUAAAACAUGUAGAGAAGGCCAAUGAAGCCAUGGCCAUUGAUACCUUGCUGAUCAGUGAUGAGCUUUUCCGGCACCAGGAUGUGGCUACACGUGCCCGGUAUGUUAAAUUGGUAGAUAGUGUACGGGACAACAUGGGCACGGUGCGCAUUUUCUCCAGCCUUCAUGUGUCCGGUGAGCAGCUUGGCCAGCUGACAGGGGUGGCAGCCAUCCUGCGAUUUCCUGUUGCUGAGCUCUCUGACCAGGAAGAUGAAUCUAGCUCUGAAGAGGAUUGAUAACAGUGAUUUUAUUCCACAGUUUAUUUCUAAGUCACGUUGAAAUGACAUUAAAGGCUCUCCCUUCUGAAAUCAUGCGUGCAAACAUACCAUGACAUUUAAUUUAAUUUUUCAUAGUAUUUCUUAUAAUACAUAGCUCUGCUCACCGCAGUAAUGGAUAACUAUUCUAUGGUAAUGGUAAUGAGUAUGCUGUGGAUUGGAGCUGUUUUGCAAGUUAAACUGCGGGCCUCCAGAAGUACAAGAAACAGAUCUGUGUUCCAAAAGUUGCUCAUUCUGCAUGUUAAGGCAGACUGGAAGCUUAAUGUUUUGGAAUGUGUAUGAAAAGAUAAUAAACUAAGAGGGAGAAAAUUA